AUGUCUGCCAAUACGAGUGCGCACGACAGAGACGACAGCCCAAGCACCCGAGUGGCUCAUCAUCUAUCGCAACUCGCCAUGACGCCUCAGCAUGCUCCCACCACUAAAAAGCGCCCCGCCGACAUGGCCGAGAUCAGUGAAACCCCAGGCGCCUACGACAAGAUCAUGCUCUCUCCCACCACGUCGCCCACGCCCAACAACCUCUCACCACACCGACCUCGAUUCAUUCUUCACCCUCCCCGUCGUGUCACCUCACCUCCACCUCCCACUCCAACUGCUUCGCCCAAUCUCGAAGAGCACCAACCCUUGUCUCUCCCAUUGGCAAUCAAGAUCACCCAGGACAAACUGUCCACUUUGCGCUGCGACUCUCCCACUACCCCCGCCGAAGAAGAUUCCCAGACACAAGAUGAGAGCAUGACCUGGCAAGAGGAUGAGAUCACUGGACACGACAUCGACCACACUGCAGACGACGAUGGAGAAGGCAUCAAUGGCAUCGGCUUUAUCCCAACACCAGCCAUGAUCACCAAGCGCUCCGAAUGGCGCCGUCGUCAAGUCCUAGAAUAUCGCGCUCGCGAAUCAAAAGAAGCAAGACAGCGCCGCUACGAUAAACGCAAAUCCUCACACCGCGACUCGGCCAUCUCUCUGGAAGAAGGAGGCUCUUUCAAGCGGCGCAUGGUUCGGUUUGCUGAAGUUUGA